AUGUUCGAGUCUUUUCCAUGUGUUCAGAAGAUAAUUGAAGAUAAUGCAACAGACCAAAGUUUUGCAUUAUCGACUCAUAUUCCUUGCAUGAUACUGAGCUUGCAUGGUUUACAAGAAAAACUUUUGACAUACUUUCCAGACUUGCACUCUGAAGCUGACAAUGGGCGUAGACGGAUUUUAAACCCUUUUUUGGACAAAUCAAUAGAUCUGGCUGAUGUCACCACAAAAAUGAAAGAAUGUCUUCUAGAUUUAGUUGCUGAUGGUAUGCUUAAAAUAGAAUUUUAUUCUCAAAGUGUCGGCGUAUUUUGGAUAAAAAGAAAACACGAAUAUCCAGAGCUGGCAAAAGAAGCUCUUAAAUUAUUAGUGCCAUUCGCCACUUCAUACUUGUGUGAAUUGACAUUUUCUUCAAUGGUAGACAUUAAAACUAAAAAGAGAAAUAGACUGCAAUUAGAAAAUGAUUUGAAUAUUAACGUUUCAUAA